GAAAGGGGCGCGUGAGUUUGAGCGAUUGGGUGGGAGGGUCUUGCAAGAUUCAGAUUCAUUCACUGGUUUCCAACUAAAACUGAGACUGACAUGAAGCUCAUAAAAAACUCGCUUCCCUCCACCUCUCCUUGGAAAAUGGCUCCUUAAAUCGGCAGCCAGGAUUUAUCCCCUUUCUUUUUAAUAUAUAAAUUCCCAUGCCCCAAAGACUCUGUGUCCCACUAACUCCCCCUCUCGUCAGGCAGCUGUGAUCCCGAGCCAUCAGGUCUGAAUUUCCUGGAAAGAAAACACGCCCAUUUGCAGGCGCAAAAGAGAGAAAACGAAAGCAUCUCUCUCUUCCUGGCGAGGCAGCAGCCAUGGCUGCUUCUGGGGGUCCCGUGCAGGAUCUCUCCGAGGAAGCCACUUGCCCCAUCUGCCUGGAGUAUUUCAGGGAUCCAGUGAUCAUCCCGGAGUGCGGGCACAACUUCUGCCGAUCCUGCCUGAUCCAGUAUUGGGGGGAAUCCGAGGGAGAGGCUUCCUGCCCUCAGUGCAGGGAAAUCAUUCAGCACAGGAACCUCAUCCCCAAUCGGCCGCUGGCAAAUGUUUUGGAAAAACUUACAGUCGGGAAACCCCGUCUUCAUGGGGGAAAGGAGCCCAAAGGAAAGGGGAAGAUUUGUGAGAAGCACCAGGAGCCCCUGAAGCUCUUUUGCAAGGAGGAUGAAAGCCCCAUCUGUGUGGUGUGUAAUGUAUCCAAGGAGCACAAAGGCCACGAGGUGAUUCCUCUAGAGGAGGCGUCCCAGGAGUACAAGGAUCAGAUAAGAAGCUGCCUAGACAAUGUCAGGAAGGAGAGAGAGAAAAUUCUGAAAUUUAAAGCAGACACAGAAAAGGAAAGCCAAGACCUGCUUAAACAAACAGGUGCAGAGAGGGAAAAGAUGGUGGCUGAGUUCAGGCGACUACGCCAGUUUCUGGAAGAACAGGAGAAACGUAUUCUGGCCGAGAUGGCAGAAGUGGAGAAGGAGAUUGCAGCCAAAAGGGAGGAGCACCUGGCCAGACUCUCCAGGGAACUCUCCUCUCUUGACAGCCUCAUCCGGGAGAUGGAGGAGAAGCUUCAGGAACCAGCGAGUGAACUCCUGCAGGAUAUUGGAAGCUUCUUGCAGAGGUCUCAGGAGAAGGAGAACUUAGAGGAUCCUCCUGUGGCUUUUCCUCCUGCUCUGAAGUGGAAGAUUUGGGACUUCUGUGAUAUUAAUCCCUUCCUGGAGGGAGUCAUGGAAAAAUUCAGAGACACUGUGGAAUCUGGACUUGAGCUACAAAAAGAAAACAUAAUUUUGGAUCCAGAGACAGCAAAUCCCUGGCUCAUCCUGUCUGAGGAUCGAAAGAGUGUGAGAGAGGGAGAAGUGCGUCAAGGCCUGCCAGACAACCCUGAGAGAUUUGACAUACAUAGCUAUGUACUGGGAUGUGAGGGUUUCACAUCAGGCCGACAUUUCUGGGAAGUCGUUGUGGGGAGCGAGGGGGAAUGGGCCGUGGGGGUGGCCAGAAAGUCUGUGAAGAGGAAGGGCAAGUUCUCUUUUGGUCCUAGUGAAGGGAUCUGGGGUAUGGGAAAGUGGCGCGGUAGGUACAAGUUCUGCUCCCCCCGUAAGGAGCCCAAGAGGAUCCGAGUGGCCCUGAACUGUGAAGGGGGGUGGGUAUCCUUUUACGAUGCUGAUACAGCAGCCCUUCUCCAGUCAUACUCAGCAGCCUCCUUCUCAGGAGAAACCUUCCAGCCCUUGUUUUCUGUGUCUGCCAAAGGCCACUUAGCACUCUCUGAGGAUAGAGACAGACAAGCAGAUACAUAUCGCCCCAUCUUCAAUCUAAGUUCUCUCUUAUCUCAGAGGCACUAAAGGGGCAGCUGUAUUGGCAAAAGAGUGAUAGACUGACCCGAGUGUCCAUCAUGGUGCAACUCUUUUUUUCUCAGGCCACUUCUGUUGUUGUUGUUGUUUAGUCGUUUAGUCGUGUCCGACUCUUCGUGACCCCCUGGACCAGGGCACGCCAGGCACUCCUGUCUUCCACUGCCUCACGCAGUUUGGUCAAACUCAUGCUGGUAGCUUUGAGAACACUGUCCACACAUCUCGUCCUCUGUCAUCCCCUUCU